AUGAAGUUUGUUGUAUCCAUUGUUGUCGCCCUCCUUUCUCUCUCCGCUGUCGACGCUCAGGGCGUUCGUGGCAGAAAGGAUCACGGAGAGAAACAUGCCCGUGCUGAAGUAGGCAGAGCCGAUCCUCGUGCUGGUGGCGAGGAGCAGGACAUCCGAGCGAAUGAUCGUUCCAAGGCUCGAUACGGAGAAGAUCAAGGAGCGAAGCAUACUCGUGCCCGUGCCAAAGUAGGCCGAGCUAAGGAAACCCAUUCCGAUCCUCGUGCUGGUGGCGAGAAGGACCCCCGAGCAGAUGAUCGUCACAAGGCUCGUCACAGAGAAGAUCAAGGAGAGAAGCAUGCUCGUGCCAAAGUAGGCAGAGCCAAGGAAACCCAUUCCGAUCCCCGAGCUUAUUAUCCUUCAGGAGACUACUACAACUCCGCAGACUACUAUAAUUCCGCAGACUACGAUCACGGAGCUCAUUAUCCUUCUGCAGACUACAACUCCGCAGACUACUACAACUCCGCAGACUACUACAAUUCCGCAGACUACGAUCACGGAGCUCAUUAUCCUUCUGCAGACUACAACUCCGCAGACUACUUCAAUUCCGCAGACUACGAUCACGGAGCUCAUUAUCCUUCUGCAGAUUACAACUCCGCAGACUACUUCAAUUCCGCAGACUACUACAACUCCGAAGACUACUACAACUCCGAAGACUACGACUACGGAGCUCAUUAUCCUUCUGCAGAUUACAACUCCGCAGACUACUUCAAUUCCGCAGACUACUACAACUCCGAAGACUACUACAACUCCGAAGACUACGACUACGGAGCUCAUUAUCCUUCUGGAGACUACCACAACUCCGCAUACUUCGAUUACGAAACUCCUUGA